UUGCUGUCACUCCAGGAAUUGGAGUAUCAUUUGGCCAGAUCCGUUUUCCCAGAUUCGAUUCGUUUCGAUGGUGGAUCUGAUUGGCUGGUUUUAAGCCGUGACUUUGCACAAUUCGCACUUACCAACGACGCUCUUGUGCGAUCGUUGCGCGAAAUGUUCGCUAACAUUUUACUGCCUGUGGAAAGUUUCUUUCAUACGGUGCGUCAAUAUGGUGCUUCUGCUUCUCCAUAUUUCUCCAUGGCGAAUGUCCUAUCAAAAAUGACCAUUUGA